UCGCAGAACUUUUUGUGUGUAUUUAGUCGUCACAAAUCUACAGAAUACGCCAAAGCGAAAACUACAAUGGCUAAUAAAAUAUCAGGAAUUUUCUUGGUUUUCAUGUAUUUUUGUGCAUUAUCCUGUGCACAAAAUGCAGGUGAUACCCUCGUUUUGUUAGAUAACUUGGCGAUUAGAGAAACACAUUCGAUAUUUUUUAAGGGUUUACAAGAGAGAGGAUACAAACUGACAUUCAAGUUGGCCGAUGAUUCAAAUUUGGUAUUAUCGAAGUUUGGCGAAUAUCUUUAUAAAAAUCUGGUGAUUUUUGCUCCCUCAGUUGAAGAGUUUGGUGGAGAGAUUAGCGUGGACAAAAUAGCCGAAUUCAUUGAUGACGGUGGAAAUGUACUUGUGGCUGGAAGCUCCAAAUCAGGUGAAGCAUUGCGUGAACUGGCAACUGAAUGCGGUUUCGAGGUGGACGAAGAUGGUGCCGCCGUUAUUGAUCACUUGAACUAUGACAUUUCCGAUGGAGGAGACCACACACGAAUUGUAGCCUCACCAGAAAAUUUAAUUUCAUCGCCAUUAAUCGUUGGCAGCAAAAAUGUGGCCCCAUUGUUAUACCAGGGAACUGGACUGCUUGCCGAUCGUGAAAAUAGCCUUGUUCUACAAGUACUCACAGCUGACUCAACCGCUUACAGCUACAUUCCGGAAAAUUCGAUCAAAGAAUAUCCACAUGCCGUUGGCCGUGGCACAUUGUUGAUUGCUGCUUUGCAAGCUCGUAACAACGCUCGCGUCGUAUUUUCUGGAUCAUUGUUCUUCUUUUCCGACAAAGCAUUUACGUCUGGUGUAUCAAAGUAUGGCGGCAAAUACUACGAAAAAUCCGGUAAUCAAGAAGUUGCCACCGCCAUCGGUAAAUGGGUGUUUGGUGAAGUGGGACGUCUGCGUGUCGUCAAUAUUGAACACCAUAAAGAUGGUGAAACUGAAGCUCCACAAUCAUAUACCAUCAUUGAUCCAGUGGUUUAUACCAUUUCGAUCGAAGAGCUAAGCGCCGGAAAAUGGCAACCAUUCCAAGCAAACGAUAUUCAAUUGGAAUUUGUUCGCAUUGAUCCAUUCGUUCGUACAACGUUGAAGCAUAUCGGCGGCGGAAAGUAUCAAGCAAAGUUCAAGAUUCCCGAUGUCUAUGGAGUCUAUCAAUUCAAAGUGGAUUAUGACCGAAUUGGAUAUACUCAUCUGUAUAGCACAACACAAGUGUCAGUCCGCCCAUUACAGCAUACUCAAUAUGAACGUUUCAUACCGAGCGCCUUCCCAUACUACAUCAGCGCAUUCUCUAUGAUGGUCGGAGUCUUCAUUUUUUCAUUUGUUUUCAUUCAUUUCAAAGAUGAUGUCACAUCAGGCGGCACAAAACAGAAGGGCGAUGACAAGAAAUCGCAAUAAAUAUGGAAUCAUAACCAAACCAUUCUAAAUCUUAAAAUAGCGUACACAGCAUCUUGAAAACAAAGAAAUAAAACGAAAAACGAAAUGAGUCAUGUAAUUUAUUGUACGUACUCUUUCCUGUAAAAUUCAAUAAAACCAAAUAAAACCAUGAUUGUACUAACGAUA